CCGGGACCGGGCGGUCCGGCCGGACUCGGCCUCGCCCCCCCUCCCCCGCUCGCCGCCCCCGGCGUCGCUGGCGAAACCCGAGCGCGUGUGAGGCGCGGGGCCGCGUGACGCGCACCUGUCGGGGCUGGCCGGGCUGACGGAAGAGAAUGCGCCGGGCCCCGACCUGGCCUGAGCCCGGCCAGCAGCACCGCGCGGCACGCGCCGCCCCCGACGUUUCCCGGAGAAGCUGCCGGCUCUGACGGGCGUGAUGAAGCACCCAGGUGUCUGGAAGAUGCUCAUGGCGGCCGUGUGCGUGGCCCUGCUCAGCGGCUUGCAGGCCCAGGAUCUCCCCGGACAGGUCUCCAUCAUCCUGCUGGGAGCCACCGGGGACCUGGCCAGAAAGUACCUGUGGCAGGGCCUGUUCCAUCUGUACUUGGAGGAGGUGGGGAAGGGCCACCAUUUUCGCUUCCACGGGACUGCUCUGACGAGCACCGAGCAGGGCCAGGAGGCCAUUGCCCAGGUCCUGGAGUCCCUGUCCUGCCCCGGGGACAUGGCCUCGGGUAACUGUGCUGAACUAAAGUCUCAGUUCCAGCAGCUGAGUGAGUACCGCCAGUUGAAGACGCCCGAGGACUACCUGGCCCUGAGCAAGGACAUCGAGGUCCAGGUCGAGCACGAAGGCCUCCGGGAGACCGGCCGAAUUUUCUACCUCUCGGUGCCGCCCUUUGCCUACGUGGACAUCGCCCGCAACAUCAACAGCAGCUGCCGACCAGGCCCCGGCGCCUGGCUGCGCGUCGUGCUGGAGAAACCCUUUGGCCAUGACCUCCACUCUGCCCAACAGCUGGCCGCAGAACUGGGGAGCUUUUUCCGGGAAGAGGAGAUGUACCGGGUGGACCAUUACCUAGGCAAGCAGGUAGUGGCCCAGAUCCUGCCUUUCCGAGACCAGAACCGUGCGGCCCUGGAUGGCCUCUGGAACCGGCACCAUGUGGAGCGGGUGGAGAUCGUCAUGAAGGAGACAUUGGACGCGGAAGGCCGCACCAGCUUCUACGAGGAGUACGGCGUCAUCCGCGACGUCCUGCAGAAUCACCUAACGGAGGUCCUCACACUGGUGGCCAUGGAGCUGCCUGUCAACACCAGCAGCCCGGAGGCCGUGCUGCAGCACAAGCUCCAGGCCUUCCAGGCGCUGCGGGGCCUGCAGAGGCACAGCGCCGUGCUGGGCCAGUACCAGGCCUACAGCGGGCAGGUGCGCAGGGAGCUGCAGAAGCCAGACAACUUCCACAGCCUGACGCCGACCUUCGCAGGCAUCCUCGUUCACAUAGACAACCUCCGCUGGGAGGGCGUCCCGUUCAUCCUGAUGUCGGGCAAAGCCCUGGACGAGAGAGUGAGCUACGUGCGGAUCUUGUUUAAGAACCAGGCGUUCUGCGUCCAGAGUGAGAAGCACUGGGUCGCUGCCCAGAGCCGCUGCCUGCCCCGGCAGAUCAUCUUCUACAUCGGCCAUGGCGAGCUGGACAGCCCUGCCGUGCUGGUCAGCAGGAACCUCUUCCGGCCGACCCUGCCCUCCGCCAGCUGGAAGGAAGUAGAGGGCCGGCCCAGGCUGCACCUCUUCGGUCUCCCGCUCUCCGAUUACUAUGCCUACAGCCCCGUGCUGGAGCAGGAUGCCUACUCCUUGCUCAUCUCUCACAUCUUCCACUGCCGGAAGGACUCCUUUGUCACCACGGAGAACCUGCUGGCCUCCUGGGUCUUCUGGACACCCUUGCUGGACAGCCUGGCCCACGAGGUCCCACGCUUCUACCCAGGAGGAGCAGAGAAUGGACAGCUGUUGGACUUUGAGUUCAGCAGCAGCCACCUGUCCUUCUCCCAGCUGCUGCCGGAGCAGCUGGUGUCGGGGCCAGACUCUGCUCCGCUGCCCAGCGACUUCCAGGUCCUCACGGCCAAGUACCGAGAUAGCCCGCUGAUCUCGGCCUGGCCUGAGGAGCUGAUUGCCAGGCUGGCGGGUGACAUCGAGGCCGCUGCUGUGCGGGCCGUGCGGCGCUUUGGCGAGUUCCACCUGGCUCUCUCGGGUGGCUCGAGCCCGGUGGCCCUGUUCCAGCAGCUGGCUGCAGGGCACUACAGCUUCCCCUGGGCCCACACGCACCUGUGGCUGGUGGACGAGCGCUGCGUGCCGCUCUGGGACCCCGAGUCCAACUUCCAGGGCCUGCAGACGCACCUGCUGCAGCACGUGCGGGUCCCCCACUACAACGUCCACCCCAUGCCCGUGCACCGGCGCCAGCGGCUCUGCGCCGAGGAGGACCAGGGCACCCAGGCCUACGCCGAGGAGAUCUCUGCUCUCGUGACCAAUGGCAGCUUUGACCUGGUGCUGCUGGGCAUGGGCACCGACGGGCACACGGCCUCCCUCUUCCCGCAGUCGCCCGCUGGCCUGGACGGCGAGCAGCUGGUGGUGCUGACCACGAGCCCCUCCAGCCCGCACCGGCGCAUGAGCCUCAGCCUGCCCCUCAUCAACCGUGCCCGGAAGGUGGCCGUGCUGGUCAUGGGCAGGAUGAAGCGUGAGAUCGCCAUGCUGGUCAGCCGCGUGGGCCACGAGCCCAAGAAGUGGCCCAUCUCGGGUGUCCUGCCAGACUCUGGCCAGCUGGUGUGGUACAUGGACUACGAUGCAUUUCUGGGGUGAUGGAAUCUUGGCCCUUUGCUCACCCCCAUGCUUUCCUUCAUUCACCCUCUUCAUUAACCUCUCAGUCCUGCCCCCUGCCCAUGCGUGCCCUCCUGUCUGGAAUCUGACAUCUCAGGGUCAGGCCCCCAGCAGGGAAGGAUAAGACCCCGUCCCAGCACUGCAGCAGUCCCUGUCUAGUGAUGGCAGGUCCCCAUGGAACAAGGAAGAGAUGGCAGCUCUGCUCUCGAAAAUCUACAGAUCCAAGUCAGGAGAAACGUCCACUUUAAGAAAAGACCUGCAGCAGUUACAUGUGGGCACCCACCAGCACAAACAGGACAGUCUGAAAGCCAGAGCAGGAGUGCAGUCGGGGGGUGGUUAACCAGAAGGUACCUGUGGGCCGGGAGCCUUGGACUGCCUCCAGCAGAAAAGCAGAGUGUGGAUGCCGGAGCCCAGGUGCCCACCUGGAGCCAUGAGCGCCUGCUAGGACCUGCCGCCUCCUCCUCCGUCCUUUUUUUCUCCAGCCUCCAGCUCAGCCUGCUGUCCUGUCCCCUCCAGGGCCACCUCCGCUUGCUCUGCGUCUCAGGUCCCGUCUUCCUAGACCUCCACCAGGGAGGUCUUCCCACCCCCUCUGCUUUGCUGUCCCUCAGACACCCUAGCAACAAACGCUAGGAUGUGGAAAUGGAUCCAAGAAUCUUGUGACUGUGCUGUGGAGCUCCUUUUCUCAGUAGGUGGACUUUACCAAUGGCGGGAGGCGCCGGUUCCCCAGCUGCAUCAGGGAGGACCCCUGCCCCAGGCACGUGCCGCUGUCUCCAGCCUCGGCCCUGCUGGAGCCUGUCUUUUGUGGGGGGGCGGGUGCCGAUAGUGUGAACCUGCCACCACAGCCAGACAGCUCUGCGUGAAACACUGAAACACACUGGACAGAGUUGGUCAGACCAUUCCUGGGAUCCACACUGAAGAGGAUCCUUUUGUCUCAGGGGACUUCCAGUGAGUGUUUCCUCUCUCAGCGUCCCCUCUUGUUUUUCCUGAAAAAAUCCAGUUAAAUCUUUCUAUUAUGGUAACAUCUAGGGAGAGUGAGAUGUGACAUCAGGGCACCCAGACCAUCCAGGCGCUCCGACCCUCACCCAGCUGGAGCCAGGCCUCCCUGGCGGAGCGGCUGCAGCCCACGUCAGCAGUGGCAGUCCACCGCUGUCCCAGGGCCUUCGCUGGUUGUCAGUGCCGAGAAAGGGCGACUGCUGCCCACCCUUUCACACUACCUCAUGGAGGCAGUGGCCUCUUAUGUGCCAGCCCCUUCUGCCACCGCUCACUUCACCACUAACACAAUGCUGAAGACUUGGGGGAGGCAGUCCCCGUCGAGCUUCUCAUUUAGAGUAAACAGGUGCUCCCAAGAAGCCCUGGGCCAAUAACAGCUGUUUCUCUGAAACCCCCAAGCGGUGGGGGGCAUCUACAAAAUUCUUUUAUAAAAAAGUGAAAAUUCUCAAAAUGCUUAAUUUCAGCUUUCCACACAGCCCAAGUUACAUCAGUGAAGGAUAAAGCAGGGUUUUCUGUGGAACAGCUUCCCUGUCUUAUAGGCACAGUUUGUAUCAGAUCAGGCAGAUACAAAGUGUCAAGGUCACACCAAGGGCUUUCCUGGGCAAGAAGGAGCAUCAUGAAAUGUGCCUUUCAACUUUUGAUUGUUUGCACUUUCUUCAAGGCUGUUUACACUUCUUCAAGAAUUUACAAGAAUUCUUGCUUUGGAGAUGGGUGCCUGUGAGGUGGGUGCUGGCGGGGGCCUCUGCACAUAAAGGCUCCCAUUAACAUUUGGCUUCCCCCAGCCUCCAGAGACCCCAUCCAGAUAGGACAUCAAUAUUGAUGCCCAGAAGACUCACCUUGGCCGAUCAGAGCACAGUGCCCAGAUGGGAAAGUUUCCUCCCUUUCUGAAAAUCAGCGUUUUUAGCUUUGAGGCUUCUGAUGGGAGUGGACUGCGGGAAUGGACACGUGACUGCAGGUGUCACGUCUGGCCACGUGGGGGCGCCCUCAGACCAUCCCUGCUGUCUGGACCACAGAGACGCCUCAUCUCUCCCUGCCCCCAGGCUCCUGAGCUUCCCUGGAUCCCUAGCACUGAGGACCUCCCCCUCCCCAAUCUGUUCCUUAGGAACUUCUUCUGUGAGAAAGAAAGGGACCUGCACGUGCCCAAGUGUCGCUGCAGGAUAAGGGGCCAGCAAACUUCUGAUGGCACCGUUUCUGAGUGACAGCGAGUUACCACAGGCCUGAGCUGGGCAUGUCCUGUUCUGAGAGGAGCACCUUGCCUCAAAACGCACCUUCAUCUUUGGAGAGCGUGUGUAGGGGCCAGGCGGGGCAGGAAGUGCCAGGGUUUCCUUCCCAGAAUCAAGUGCUCUGGGGUUUUUGUUGUUGUUUUUUAAUUGGGGUACAGUUGCUUUAUGGUGUUAGUUUCUGCCGUACAACAGAAUGAGUCAGCUCUUUGUACACACAUCCCCUGCCUCCUGCACUGCUUCCCUGGUGGCUCGCUGGUGAAGAGUCCACCUGCCAGUAUGGGAGAUGUGGGUUCAGUCCCUGGGUCGGGAAGAUCUGGAGAAGGAAAUGGCAGCCCACUGCAGUAUUCUUGUCUGGAGAAUCCCAUGGACAGGGAGCCUGGCAGGCUACGGUCCAAGGGAUUGCCGAGAGUAUGCACGCGUGCACCUCCCUCUUAAACCUCCCUCGAAGCUCCCCACCCCCAAUCCCACCCCUCUAGGAAGCACUGUCUUAAACUCACACCAGCGUAGUCCACUGGGAGCCCUUGUCACAGUCCCGCUUCCUCCCACUCCCCUUCCCCUUUUUUCUCUCCUAUCCUGUGCUGGUGGUUUUCAGACUUUCUGGGUCAUGAUCCACAGCAAGAAACACACUUUACAUCAUGAGUCAGCGCUCGCACUCAUGUAUGAAUCUGCAUCUCAAGCCAAAGUUCCAUAAAUGAAUUCUCAUCCUGAGAAUUCUGGAUACCUUCUUUUAAAAAAAAAAAUGCUGCUUAUAAUUCACUAAAUCAAGCUGAUCCAUAGUUUGAAAUGUGUUGCUCUAAUCUGACUUUACGCUGUUGGGUAAACCGAGGUCCCAAGGGUUGGAAAGGAGCACGGGCACCCAGCUCACACAGGGAUGCUCAUGAGCACUCUGGAACUGGUACCCAGGCUUCCUGUUCCUGCAGCUUCAUGCAUCAGGCUGGUCUCCACUGAUGCUGCUACAGCCUCUGUGGUGGGAUGCUCACCGCUCCCAUCAUAAGGGAGGGGAGGGGUGGGUGAUGGAAGACACAUCAAUCGGAGCCCCAGGGCUUCUGGAAGCGGUGAUGAUGUGUCCUAUACAGAGGGUGGCAGGCUGAGUACUAAACGUUUUCUAUUGUAUGGUCUUGUUUCGUCUUUACAACAACCCCGUGAGAAGGUGGAGGGAUCCUAAUUGACCGAUGAUUUUGAAGUUGAAACUGGAGUUGUCUAACGACAGCAGGGCAGUUCUAAACCGGACGUGGACCGCAGGGUUGUAGACAUGUGCUCCCAGCCAUCCUGCGGUACCACCUCCUUCCCAGGGAGCCCAGUGCAGCUCCCAGAGUUUCCCAGACAGAGUCCAGGCAGCUGGAGCGGCUCUGCAGGCCUGUGAAAGGAGACCGGCCCCUCCUCUUGGAGGCCGGCUCACAUCCUCUUCUCUGAAGCAGGUUUAUUACCAAUUGCUGCAGGGAGAGAUUUAGGGACUUUCCCAGCUGCUAUAAGCUAGAUUCUGAUGUUGCUCUGGGAGCAAAGUUUCCUGCCAACUGCAAGUUAGGACAGUCCUGUCCUCCUGCCCCACUUCUUGUUCUUCUGCCGACAGUGCUUUCUUCCCAGUCCCGGGCCUCCCGGGGACCAGCACAACCCGGGCUCUGCCAGCAGGCGGUAUUUCAGAACACUCCCUUGGGGGCUCUUGUUCCAGAGCUCACGGGUCCAGUCUCCCAGGUCUGGGACCUUCCUCUUCCCGGUUUGUGUAGAGAACCAGACAGUGUGACUGAGAAAGAGAGGGAGACGCUUCCGCAGAAACUUAAGGGGCGGUUUCCUACAAGUUAGUUUUCAGAAACAGACUUUUUUCUCGACAGAAACACACACAGUCUUACGGAAGCCACCUCUGCAUCAGCUUUACCAGCUCUAUUUUUAUCUUAAGCAGACAGGGACCCACGGACCUCAGUCCACGCCGGGCAGUGUGUCUGUCCGAGAACGAACAGGUCACAGGAAAGGCCAGUGGUGACAGAAGGGUAAGGGGGCCGUGGUGGCAGGUCCCCAAGCUUGGUGCCUGCCCGCCCCACAAAAGACAAACUCCAGUGGGGCCGAGGCCUUGAGAGGCGGCUGUGUCCCGCGGUGGCUGCCUGCAUGGCCCAGAAGGGGCCAUCCGCUCCCCCCUUAUCGAUUCGCUGAACUGAAGAGCAUCCCUCUCCCAGCCCUCCACCUCCCCUCUGGGAACCUCCCACUUCCCCUCGAGGCUGCAGCUGUGCAGGUGGCAGUUGAGAUUCCCACGAGGAAUAGGGUGGGUCCUCCAACCUCAUCCCUGUUUGGCAGCUGGUCUGUGCCCAGGGACAGCAUCGGGAGGGAUCCGCAGUGAGGUCAGCUCUCAAGGAGGCCCUGAGUGUUUUGACUGAGGUCAUGGAUUUGUUCUUCCAAGAACCCCGCCUGCCCCCCAACUGCGCCCCACUGACGGGCCAACAUUGGGCCGGGCGUCAGCCUACCGGUCCAGGGUCCAUCUUCCAUUGCUCACUUGGAGGUUGGAGCUGGGCACCAGCGUGUCCUCUGUGGUCCUUUGCUGCACACUGUGUUGCCUCCACGUGAGAUGGAAAUCCCGCUUCGUGCUCUUCCUGCUCUAGAGGCCUUCCCAGUGCCAGGCAUGUUCACCAGAGGAAGCCAGCGGGGACCACACCAGCCUGUGUUCUUGGAAGAUGUGCAUCUUCCAGAGCAUCCCGGGACCCCUCUCCAGAGGUUCAGGCUCUGGCCUCUGGCUAUCAGCACUCCAGGUGGGGCUGGAGUGAGGAACCCUUAAGGAUUCCUCAGCUCAUUGCAAAGCAAGGUGCACACUCACGAACACUGUCAGCACAGGAGAAAAGUAGCCGGAGACUAGAGGAGGCGCUUCUGGUCUCACAGCAAGCUGGGGGAGUUGGGGGGAAUGAGCCCUUUGAUGAACUGUCCUCUCCAGCCAACUUUCAGAAGCCCAUCUCUUUUAUAAAACAGACGCCAGUGCUGUAUCUGCAUGGGAUGCGUAGAUGGGGAGGGGCGGAGAUCUCAAUUAAGCAUGCUGCUUUUAUUCGUGGUGGUUCUUUAUCCUUGAUGGUCUUUUCCUUGCUGUCAGGUGUUCUAAAGGAAAUCUCUGCAUCUUUUCUGUCCCUCUGGCAUGGGAAGGGAUAGAUACAUUUCCAUUCACUAAAAGUCGCAUGGAAUAUGGUUGAGCGACUGGCAGCUUUAGAAACAGAAGUGCAAACAGAACUACAUAUAUUCAUCAGUUUGGGUCCUUGGCUGUACCCCACAGUCGUCUAGACAGGUUGGUUAUAAAUGGUAUGGGGUACUCAAGUAUAAGAGGAAAGGACCCUGGAGAAGCUGGUAAUCAAGGCUGAAUGCGCAUCUCUGAGGCCUGACCUGUACAGUCUGCCCCACCCCUCCUUGGUCUGGAAGGACAGGGUAAGAGCAGACAUCAAGGGGCCUCUGCCGGCUCCGAGAGCCACCGCUUCCCGAGCCGGAGUGAAGGUUUCCAGCCUUCUUGGUGCUGUGCUUAGCAGCUAUUGCCAGAAAGAGCCCUGGAUGAGGGGUGUGGGCUCUGAAAUCAUGGUGUGUUGCAAUCUGGGUUGUGUCCAUGCAUUCUGUCCCGUGCGGGGAAACAGAAAUCCAAACAGGAUUUCUGUCGGGAGGGAAGAGAGACAGGCAAGCUGUUACCUUGGAGAGACUGUCUGUUCCCCCGGGUGGUGGAAGACCGAUGACCCGGCCAGUGGCGUGAACAUGCCACACCUUUCUGCAGAAAGAGCAACUGCUCCUGGCUUGUACGAAACACUGGACACUUUUAGUGAUGCAUCUGACAGUGAGACAUAUUCAGAUCAGAGUUUUUAAAAUGCCUUUUUUGUAUGUCAAAUGUACCAUCUAUUUUUUAAACAAUAAAAUUGU